AUGAGGAUCCUGAGUGCGAGCUCCGGAUUGGGAGCCAGCGGGAACAGUGUGCCAGGCCUGCCCGCAGCUUGGCGGUGUGGGCACAGCAGCCGCAGCACCCACUGCCAGGCCACUGCCAAUGCCCCGCAUCUCCUUUGUCUGACUGGCGCUGGCGGCGAGAGUGACUUUGAGGCCCAGGACAGCUGCCCCAUCUUCCUGGAUGUCUAUCACCAGCCCGUAGACAUUGGCAGCUGCGGACACACAUUCUGUGGGGAGUGUCUGCAGCCAUGUCUCCAGGUGCCAUCUCCACUCCCAUUCUGCCGAAUGCCCUUGGACCCAAAGAAAGUGGAUAAAGCCUCCAAUGGGGAAAAGCAGCUGUCAUCUUACAAGGCUCCGUGCCGGCUCUGCCAGAAAGAGACUCGGGCAAAGAUGAAAUCACAUAUUUCUUCCUGUGUGAAGGUCCAGGAGCAGAUGGCCAGCUGUCCCAAGUUUGUCCCCGUAGUGCUGACGUCCCAGCCCAUUCCCAGCAAUAUCCCAAACAGAUACACCUUUGUUUAUCCGCACUGUGGAGCCCAAAAUCUGGACCAGCAGGAGCUAGUGAAACAUUGUAUGGAGAGCCACCGCAGUGACUCCAACUUAGUGGUCUGGCCAAUCUGUUCCUCCAUGCCCUGGGGAGGAAGUGGGGGGAGGGCUAGCUACAAGAGCACCAGCUUCCUGCAGCACCUACUCCAUCGACACAAAUUCUCCUGUGACACCUUUUUGAACUACAUUGAUGAAGAAGCUGCGUUUCAGGAGGCCUGGAGCUGUCCCCCUCUGAGGACUGAAGGCAGCUCUGGCUAUCCUACAUGGAGAUACAAGAGGCUUGCUUGUUCUUCAGCCUCUCUAGCAGCCCUGCUUAGGCCUUGA